AUGGGCCGGUACGACGACGUCCUCGCCCUGCUGGCGACCGACAGCACCGGCGCGAUCGCUCUCCUGCGCGACGUCGCGCGCCAGGCGCAUGCAGCCGACGAGGUCGUCAUGGGCUACGCGCUCCAGGCGCGCAACGACGCCCUCUGCUUUGAGCUGCUGCAAGGCGACGCCUUGCGCUUCUUCGACGCCUUGCGCAUCGCCGGCGCCUUUGACAUUGCGCUAUCGCGGUCCGUACAGCCCAAGCUGGUGGCUUUUCCGUCGUCUGCGAUUCCUGGUAUGGUGCUGCGUGGCGUGGCGGCCGCCAAGGUGCGCAUGAUGCGCGGCCGCGACGUCGAUG